UUUGUCCGUCGUGCGGCCGACGACGGCGCGAGGAGAUCUCAUGGAUGAUCGAGGACCUGGACGCCAUCGAGCCGGCGCCGCUGGAGUCGCAGAGGACGCCGACGAGGCUCUGCAGCUGCGAGGAGGUCGACGUCACCAGUCGUCAAGAGCGCGGUUUUCUAUGGAAGUUUCGUAGCACCGAGGUGAGAUGGGGCACCAGCAGUUUUCUAACGCCCGACGACGCGAUCUUGGAUCUGAGGAGGCGUACCAGCGAGACUACAGAAUUUCGCUGGGAGCUUCAUACCUCGAGCACCGAUCUGGAUCUCGCUAGAAAGAUAAAGUGCAGCUGUCACAGCCUGACCCCGGAGAUAAAGAAGCCGGAGGGAACGCAACGCGGCGAUCUCAGGAAACACCACAGUGCGGAAACGGACAAAUGGUCGGUCAGACCGGAGAACCUACUGAUGCCGAUGCACGACCUAAGAAAGCACAGUAGCGAUGAUACGAGAUUCGCGAGAGAUGCAAAGUGGUUACAGGUGCCGGAUGUCAUGCCCAAUCCGAAGCCCAGGUGCACUUGUCCCAAAGUAAAGGCUCCGCCACCGGCGUCACCUGUGGAACAGAAAGUGCCGAUGAAGGAACCGGAGAAACCAGUGCAGAAGGAAGAGAAAAAAUUGUAUUAUUCGAAGUCUUUGACACCCGACGAGUCGGCCGUGCUGUGGGAGAAGCCGGAGAUGAAGAGGCAAGUCAGCGAGGAUCCGAGAGCCAUCAAGAAGGAAAAAUCGAGAGAGCGACCAAAGCUGGAGCGCUCCGCUCAAGUGAGAAGCGAGAGUUCCAGGAGAUGGGGUUUCAAGGAUAAGGACAAAGACAAGGAAAAGGAAAAGGAAAAGGAAAAGGAGAAGAUUAUCAGUCCGGCAGAGAGCAAGAAGCCAUUACGAGCAAGAUGGGCGAUGAAACCGCACGUCUCUCUGCCCGCCGAGAAGAAGGCAUCCAAGUGGUACAGGAGCCAGGACGAGACAAAGAGCAAGAGCCUGCGCGAGCGGCCCAAGUACAGCAUACGUAGAAGCAUGUCUCCGGAACCGGAUCCACGGCAAAUUAACAAGCUGGAGAACAGGAUCGUGCGGCGCCUGAUCUCACCGGAGAUCAGCAUCACGAGCACCAAAUGGGCGCCCUACGAGGAUUCGUCGCCGUUACCGACUAUCGGGAUGAAAAAGCGCGACCAAAAGCACAUCAGCGAUAUCAAAUGGACACCGUACGACGAGUCGCCGAGCGAUAUCCCGAUUGAGGUGAUCGACGAUAAGAAAUGGUCGCCCUUCCACAAUGUUACUCCCACACAUUGUCCGCCACCGGAACAAGGGACGCCGCCCAAGAGCGACGAUGAGGAAUUCCGACAGCGGAUUCUUAAUCAGAUCGCGCCGUUCCCGCUCUACCAGGGUGGCUGGAAGGACGAGUCGCCGGAAAAGACGCCGCCGAAGGUCACUACCCCCGAAGAGAUAGGGACACCAGUCUGGUCGCCGAUGGUCCCUGUCACACCUACCGGCAAACGAAAAAGCAUCGCGCAGCCGGUGGAUCAAUCUCCAGAGUACUCACCAACGGCACGCAGAUCCAGUAAGCCUCGGCUCGUUCGCAAAGGUGCGUUUAGAGCGAAAACCUCGAUGCCCUCUACCAAUCCGCUGGAAGACAGACUACCCCAAGCCGGGCCUCCGCCGAAGAUUACACCGCCACCGACGGUGAUGGUGCGCGCCGCUAGCGAGGACUCUAAACGGCAGAGGCCCCUGCUGACUAGGUCCAAAGCCCUGUUGGAGGUGCCCCACAUAGACGCUACGAAGAGAUCGUUGAGUGAGGAGGGACCGCGCGUACGUCCUCGCGAGCGCCCUAAAGCACCCACGAGAACCCGCAGCGAGGAAGUGUCCAAAUACGAUGAUCCUUGGUUCAGAUCCGAAUCACCUGAGAUGCGCGAGUACGUCACGACGGUGUGACCGUAGCUUCCAGGAACCUUCGCCGAUGGCGAUGGUUUCCAUAUUUCGUAAAAUCGACGCUUACCAAAGGCAGCUCAGCAUCGUGCGAGAUUGCACGUAAACGGAGAUCGUAUUGUACAGCUUAUGUGAGAGGAAUUAUUAUUUUCUAAUACAUUCAUAUUAUUAUCGUGGUUUUAUAAAGUUGCCGAAUAAAAAAAAAAAUGAGAAGCAAAAUCGAACUGAAGUAGAACGAGGUGAGGAUCGUUCGAAGGGAAGCUAUUCGGAAAAGGAGGCGUCCAAAGGAAUACGCUUGACUGUUCCCUCGCAAGGGCCUCACGAAGAGUACGCAUCUUCGAAACCACCUAAAAGACGAGACGGCGGGCCAGAGGGCGAAAACGAACGAGGGGCUCAAACGACGAAGGGCAAGAGGAAAAAGUUUCUAAUACGCGAUCGUCCGCACGAUGGACGCUGAAAACUUCGUUGGCCUACACGAAGACAAUGGAAAAUAUCGAAGAGGAAGGGGGAGGAAGCUGAACAAAAGUCACAUCGACGAAUCGACGAUCAUUCUCGAGAGAGAAGGACGAGCUGGAGAAACCGGACGGGAGUCGAGGGGUCAAGGGACUGACUUAUUAUUUAAAUAGCAUAAUAUACAUGUGAGUUUUCUCGUCGCGCUCGUCGAGGAGAGAUAUUUCCCCUCUCGGGCGCGACGCCUGAAUGUUCUCAGCUCAAGACGAAAUGUACGAUCGUGCUCGCGACCGGGCAGACGUCUACAAACUUUAGGGUGCAAUAAAUAACGAGGGGGGGGAGGGGAGAAGGAGGAAGGGGAAAGAAGCAGAAUUUGGUGCAUCGCCCGGUGCGCGAAACGACGGUUCAAUGUAGCGCGUUGAUUGAUAGCUCUAACGUAAUUAGUACUUAAUACUAACGAUUAAAAUAUCGAUCUAGGGAUAAUAACGAGGAGAUAUGAGUCUGUAGCGACUAAAAGGAGAUAGAUGUGUCCGAUUGAAAUCAAGAAUGAUCCGGGAUGGACGCGCGCGAAACGCUAAGUAUAAUUGGUGUAUGUAUGCUGCGUACACAUAUACAUAUUAAAUGUAAAACAUUUGUAAACGUUCGCGAGCAACAAGUAUACAAGAGAGGUGAGGUAAGACGGAAGUACAAGAGGAAGAGGAAGAGGAAAAGGCAAGAGGAGGAGAGCGAGAGGGGGGAAAAAGGGAGAUGCGCCUUCCGAGCGCAUCGCGAUCAAAGUGAUCGACCUGCCUCGUUCCAGGGGUAAAUCUGAUUCCGAGCUGGGCUCGCUCUCGAUCGAGAGCCUCUCCCAUUUCGCAGCUCGACGAGGUUACGACUCUCUUUGUUAUUCGUUCUUACCUUCUUUUCCGUUCUCUUUAUAUACAUGAUAUCAGCGAAGAGGUCGUCGAACGAGCGACCGAUCGAUUUUGUUCGUAUGGACGACAAUCUAGCGAAUAGAGGAAAAAUUGGGAACGCGUACUCUAAUUAUGUAUGUGUCCCGUGUGUGCCGGUGUGUGCAAUAUUAAUUAAGGACGGCGGACAACCGCGAAUAAAUGGGGUACUAAGGUGGGUGUAGACAGCCGACAGAUUAGGUAUCCAUAGGGAUGAUCGGCUUGCGCGCAACUCAGUCAUUCCUCCCUUCAUCUUUCGGUGUUGCUAGUUUCUUCCUCUUUUCUUUUUUCUUUUUUCUCGACUCGCUACAUCGCCGCUCGCGUUUCUUUGCCCUCUCCAUCGAGGGUUGAUGCCUCUCCCUCGCGAUCCUUCUAUAUCGCGUGUGUUUCGAGAACGAGAGGACUCGACUCGUAAUCACCGCGUAAGGGUUGUUUUCUCUGCUUAAGCGCCAUCCGUUAAGCCAGGUGUACGUCGUUGACGAGGCGAUAAACACUUAAGAAGAAUGCUAAUUACACUUGAGCUGAUCAGUUGGCGAUUAUCCCUGGCUGAAACAUGUCCUGUCUUUUUCUUUUGUCGGCCAAUACAUCUCUUGUCGCGCGAAUUUAGGCCACCCUUAGGACGCAAUUAGGACAUGUUUUUUUUUAUUUGUUAGGAUAACACCGUUAUUAAUUAGCUCUGCGGUGUAAAUUGCUCAUCCGAUAAGUCUGUGUGCGGAGUUUCGAGUAUCUUAUUUUUCUUCUCUCUCUCUCUCUCUCUCUCUCUCUCUCUCUCUCUCUUUCUCUCUCUCUCUUUCUUUCUUUCUCUAAAAGCUCCCUUUCGUUUUCCUCUAUUUUCAUCGAUUUCUAUAAUCAAAGCACCGAUCGAUGAACGAUUAGUGAUAUUACGACUAGCGAUAGAAGUUAACUUGGGUAUCCGUAGUGAAGUAUAUCCGAAGAGGCGAGAAGGGAGGCCGUUACAUUCGUUUGCAUCUGCAUUUCGUUCGCAUUUCCUUUCGAGUGCCACAUGGUCGAGCGACGAUCAUGGACCUGGAUGUGCGUGUUUUCUCAAUAAAUGUAAAGGGGAAGAAGAAGGGAAGAUUUCUCUUGCGUCGAGCACGAUAACACCCAGCAAACGCCAACAUUUAUGUAAUUGUUAAUUGUAAUUUCCCGCUCAACAAUAUAACAUGUUAUGUAACAGUUACAUGUAUACGUACGUGUAUGUUACAUAACAGUUAUAUUGUUGAGUGGGAAAUUAUAAUUAACAGUUAUAUAACUGUUAUUUGCUGAGUAACGACGAUAUCUCGCGCGAUAUUUAUCGAAUCCGAUGCGGGAAAUUGGAAUUUUGUAGAGGGAGGAUGUACAGGGAGGAAGGGAGUUGUCAAAAGCGAAAGAGGAAACGC